AUGGUAUUGCGAAAGUGUACCAUAUGCGAUCGACGUUUCAAGAAAACGGAGCAUUUCAAGCGCCACGAACGCUCACAUACUAAAGAGAAGCCCUAUGAAUGUAAUGUCUGUCAUAAGCGUUUCUCACGAAGUGAUGUCCUAAGUCGCCAUGCUAGGGGACACAACCAACCAGCUGCCAAUGCGGCGGUUAGACCAGGUGCUGGUCUUCCUGCCACACCGACCAAUCAGGCCCCAGCUGAUCGGUCGUCAACAAUGACAGCGGAUACUCAGAACUACGUCCUUGGUAUCGGUGCGGAGAGUGCUCGCCCGCUCCAGCAUGGUUCGUCGGCACCUCAUAAUUCGGCAUUUUCUGCGGCUCUCGAUCAGCAGUCGACUUCCUUGGACUUCCUUGCCAAUGUCUCGGCUCAUCAGCCUCGCACCGAACCAAUAGCCAAUCAAGUCAUGGCAAGUGAGCAUCAAGAGUAUCUUGGCUGGAAUGAUGUGCCUGUUCCGGACCAACAAUGCUACAGAGGCACUAUGCUUGAUCCAUUGCAUAACGACAUACUGCAAUUCUGGCUGGAACCGCAGGGAGACUCGAUCUCACAGCAAGGAUCAAUAGAUCUUGGGGGAAAUUCUAAUCUCGGCAUGUUAGGAGGAGCUGUUGCUUCCUCAGAAUCAAGACCAUCUAUUGGUAGCAUGAGCUUGAGCUCUGGAGGCAGUAUUCCAAUUGAACGGUUUGCCCGUGUUCAGCGCUAUUGGCUUGCUCCAUCCAACAACACUGGGCGGCUCAUGAACAGCUUAUGGCACGAUAUAGCCUACAGCGAAGAGGACAAUGUCUUUGCUCUUAGGCCAACCCACUCUUCCAGCGGCCCGUCAGGUUACAUGCAGGGGUCGAGGUAUGGCGUCGAUGAAGAAUGCAGGCAGCGUCUUUAUACAAUCUUCAGUCAGAGCCGAGGUCAAUUUCAGAUGCGUUCGUCUGAGAGUACCGCAGUGUCACCUUUUACCCAACCACCGCGCAACAACUCCAAUUUUCCUCCUGCGGAAAUCCUAGAUAUGGCACUAGAUCUAUUCUUCCGCGACUUCCACCCACUGGUGCCGUUUAUCCAUGUCCCAACAUUUUCUGCGAAAGAUGCGCGUCCAUCCUUGCUCUAUGCCAUGUGUCUGAUUGGCAUGGUCCUGUUGGGAACCAAAGGCACGUUAAACUUUGUCGUCAACAACUUCUCGUCGAUGCUCGAGAGUGUUACAGCAGAUUUGUCCAAGUGUUCUGUGGGGGUUGAGGGUUCUUUGUCCACAGUGUCUACAUUCGCAGCUGCUUUUCUGUUUCUGAACCUGGCUGCCAUGACAGGGGAAAAGGAGCACCUCGUAAAGUGCCAGAUGCUCUAUGUCAAUCUCAUAUCGAUUGCGCAGCGACAUGGACUAUUUGCAGCUAGGGAAGGGCAGGUGCUUGGCGCGAACUUAUUCGAUGCAAUUCCUAAUACUGAAACGCGGUGGAAAGCCUGGAGCAAGGUCGAAUCAGUGAAACGGCUUAUAACUGGACUAUUGCUACUUGACUCUUGGUACUCAUCAUUCAUGUCUACAAGUCCGAUCAUCGUGCCUGACUCUGUCCAAAUGAUACUCCCGUGUGAGGAAGCGCUCUUUCGAGCUACUUCCUCCACUCGCUGGAUGCAGCUAAGCGACAGCGACAAAGUCAGGUUGAUGCCUACAAUACUGAUGCCAUCGGAGAAUGUCGACGUUCCAACACUUCACAGCCCGGUAGAUGAUUUCUGCAUGUAUGCAGUGCUAGCAAUGGUUCAGUCGAGGCUUUCAGAAGCCUAUUAUCGACUUCUUUCGAAUCGUGCCAGCUACCCCUUCGCCCCGUGCAACACAUACGCCAUGGACGGGCGUGCAAGAUGUCUACCAUCUCUUCAGCUCCAGCUGACAAGCAAAUAUGGCGACGUGCUCGACCGACUGAACCCCAACGCAGCCGUCAUGUGGCACAACAUGUGCAUGACGCUAACAGCAGACACUCAGAUCUUCGACAUGGCAGCUGGUCGUUCAGGCCCAGGCCCUGCUCGGAAAGCACUCGAUGACAUUGCAGCAUGGUCGCAAACCCCGGCUGCCAGACGGGCUUGCUUGCAUGCGGCACACAUCUACCGAGCCAUGACGAACCGCAGGGCAUCGGACCAUACAAUGUUUCACUCUGUGUUUUCUCUUUUCUACGCAGCACUGGUGCUGGGUCUUUACGUCUUCAUGGUGCCAAAUCCCUCUGAAAUGCAGCGGGGCGGGAACUCCAUCGAGCUUUUCGACGAUAUUGAUUGGCAGAAAGUGGGAACAGAGGGAUUCACUAGCUUCAUGGAGCCUCGAAAAGGUCAACCUUUCCCACCGUCUGAAGAACCAGCGUUGGAAUUCAUUAAGAAUGGCGGCACGGUAUACCUACGCGGUGUUCCCAUCCAAGGAGGCUAUCAAGCAGCCCGCCGCAUCCUGCUCGACUACGCGGGACUGCUAAAGGAUACGGGGAAGUGGAGCGUACGGAAGUUUUCGUAUGUGCUGCAUAUCAUGAGCGAUGUGCUGAUGGAUGUGGAAUGA